GAGCUGUGUAGCCUGUCUUUCACCUGCUGAGGGCGCCGAUGAGUCGGUGAAUGCGGGCAGUGUGCAGGCUCGUAGCCAUGGAGGGUGUGAGAUGGGCAUUCCCUUGUGCUCGGUGGGCACCUGGCCGGGAAGAGUGGCUGCUCGGUUCUCGAUGUAUUCAGCCUGAGGAGAAGAGGCGCAUUGGGCAGUUUGUGUUCACACGGGAUGCCAAGGCUGCCAUGGCUGGUCGUCUUCUGAUGAGAAAGCUGAUUGCAGAAAAGCUUCACAUACCUUGGGACAGGAUACACUUGGAAAGAACAGUAAAAGGAAAGCCAUUCCUGGCCAGUGGUGUCCCUCAUGAGCUCCCGAACUUUAACUUCAAUGUCUCCCACCAAGGGGAUUAUGCUGUCCUUGCUGCUGAGCCGGAGCUACAGGUUGGAGUUGAUAUCAUGAAGACAGAUUUUCCAGGCAGCGGCUCGACUGAAGAGUUCUUUCGUCUCAUGCAUCGUCAGUUCACUGAGAGAGAAUGGCACUCCAUCAAGAGCAUGGCCGGCGACUGGGCUCAGCUAGACAUGUUCUACAGACACUGGGCUCUAAAAGAAAGCUUUAUAAAAGCCAUAGGGGUCGGCCUAGGCUUUAGUCUGCAGCGCAUCGAAUUUGAAGUCUCACCUAUAACUAUGGAGGUCGGAAAGGUUUACACAGAGACCAGAAUGUGGCUGGACGAGGAACCUGAAAACUGUUUUUUUGAGGAAAUACUUCUGGAUGACAAGCAUCAUGUUGCUGUUGCCUUGGGGGACACAAAUACAAACAGAGAACAGACUUCAAAGAACAUAAAGAGAUCAGUGACGCCGUUUACAAUUCUCACCUACAAAGACCUGAUGGCAUCAGCUGUUCCACUGACAGACGAGGACUCCAGCUAUUGGGAUAGCUUUACUUCCAAACAGGAGCUUCCCCAACGUCAAAGUGCAAAGCCAUCAGCAAAGUCAUAACAGAGGCCUGUAA